AUGAAAGUGAAAUCUCUGGUAGUUCUCUCGAUUUUUCUAUGUUUAAUUUGCGUCAAAACGGCGCUCUGUUCAUCCAAAAUUGAAGAAGAUGAAGAUCUCAAGUUCCUGGAACAAGAAGAAGUAAGCAAUGCUGAAUCAUCUGAUGAUUCUCAUCCUUAUGGUAUCCCACACGACUACGAAAACUACGACGAUUUGGAAGACGAUGAAUCGACAUAUUCGGAUGAGGAUGGUAGUUAUGAUGCCCCGGUGGUUGAUGAAACCCACGUGGUUCUGUUGAAGGAAUCUAAUUUUUCUGAGUUUAUUGAGAAGAAUAAGUUUGUGAUGGUGGAGUUUUAUGCUCCGUGGUGCGGGCAUUGCCAGGCACUGGCGCCGGAGUACGCCUCGGCGGCUGCGGAGCUGAAGGAGGAAGAGGUGGCACUGGCGAAGGUGGACGCCACUGAGGAGACGGAGUUGGCGCAGAAGUUUGAUGUUCAGGGUUUUCCGACUGUGUACUUCUUUGUUGAUGGGGUGCAUAAACCCUAUCCUGGUCAACGAACCAAAGAUGCUAUAAUUACUUGGGUGAAGAAGAAGAUAGGCCCUGCUUUGUAUAACAUCACAAUGACUGAGGAGGCUGAACGCAUCUUGGCUGCAGAAGAAAAAAUAGUUUUGGGUUACUUAGAGAGUUUGGUGGGUUCAGAAAACAAGGAACUUGCAGAUGCUUCAAAGCUGGAAGAUGAUGUUAACUUCUACCAGACGAUGAGUCCUGAUGUGGCAAAGCUCUUCCAUAUUGAUCCCAAAACCAAACGCCCAGCUUUGGUCAUUAUUAAGAAAGAAGCUGAAAAAAUUAACUACUUUGACGGUCAGUUCACUAAAUCAGCAAUUGCUGAAUUUGUCUUUGAGAACAAGCUUCCUCUUGUCACCAACUUUACUCGAGAAAGUGCUGCACUGGUAUUUGAGAAUCCAAUUAAGAAACAGUUGAUACUAUUUGCUACUUCCAACGAUUCAGAGAAAGUUUUGCCCACAUUCCAAGAGGCGGCAAAGGCUUUCAGGGGAAAGCUCAUAUGUGUUUUUGUGGAGUUGGAUAAUGAAGAUGUUGGAAAACCAGUUUCUGAGUACUUUGGAGUCACUGGAGAGGCUCCAACGGUUCUAGCAUAUACAGGUAAUGAUGAUGCCAGGAAGUUCAUCUUGGAUGGUGAAUUGACCGUAAGCAGCAUCAAGUCUUUUGGAGAGAAGUUUUUGGAAGACAAUCUUAAGCCCUUCUACAAAUCAGACCCUAUUCCGGAGAACAAUGAUGGGGAUGUAAAAAUAGUGGUUGGAAACAACUUUGAUGAAAUUGUGUUGGACGAGUCAAAAGAUGUUCUUCUCGAGAUAUAUGCUCCUUGGUGCGGGCAUUGCCAAUCACUCGAGCCUAUAUAUAAUAAGCUUGGCAAGCAUUUGAGAGGUAUCGAUUCCCUUGUCAUUGCCAAGAUGGAUGGCACUACAAAUGAACACCCCCGAGCCAAGUCUGAUGGUUUUCCUACACUUCUUUUCUUCCCGGCUGGCAAUAAGAGCUUUGAUCCGAUUACUGUUGACACGGAUCGCACUGUGGUAGCCUUCUACAAGUUCCUCAAGAAACAUGCAUCUAUUCCGUUCAAGCUUCAAAAGCAGGCGCAAGAGAAAUCCAAGGUGUCUGAUGGUGCUGUGACCCUUGAGAUGAGCAGCAACGAUGUGAAGGAUGAACUCUGA